AUGUUGCAUUUGAAACCAGGUAUCAGUACAAAAUCUUUAAAAUCUAGUUUGGGGAAAAUUACAUUCGAAUUAUAUUGGGACUAUGCAAAAAAUACAUGCAGAAAUUUUGCUCAAUUAAGUAAGAUUGGGUACUACAAUGGAGUAACCUUCCAUCGAGUCGUCAAUAACUUCAUAAUCCAAGGAGGCGACCCAACAGGCACAGGUCGAGGUGGGCAGUCAAUAUAUGGGAAAAAUUUUGACGAUGAAAUUACUGGUAGCUUGAAGCAUACUGGAGCAGGGAUCUUAUCAAUGGCAAAUUCCGGUAAAGAUUCAAAUGGAUCUCAGUUUUUUAUAACUUUGUGUCCCUGCCAACAACUUGACAUGAAACAUACUAUUUUCGGACGUGUGGAUAGUGGAAUGAGUGUUAUUAGGCGUAUUGGAAUGGUCGACACCGACCAUAAUGACAAGCCUAUCGAUCCAAUUAUUAUCCAUAAAGCGUAUGAGUUUUAA